UGUACUUUGUGCUGAGUUUCCUAUGGUUGCACAUUGGGGUAGAAGCACUUAAAACAUGGCACUUUUUGUUCUUAUUUUGUAAGAAGAGGAUGAGCUGUACUUUAAAUUAAAAAAUCGAAAAUUCAGAAACAAAGUUUAAUUAUUUUUUUUUAUUUUUAUUUCGAGGAUACAAAAAAUUGUCCAGAAAAAAUAUUAUAUAAAUAUGUUCUUCGCCCCAAUGUGCAUUGUUACCAAGACGACAUCUAUCAAUAUUGUUUACACAUCAUAAAUUUUAAAAUAUAAACAUUCUUUUAGAAAUUAAAUAAGUAUACACAUUUUUCGAAUAAUUUUAAGAAAGGAAUAUGUGUGAAAAGGUUUGUAAAUCUCUGGAAACAUUUAAUCCCGAAGUUGAAUUUCAAAAGUUUUUGAAACGUAAGCCAACUGUCAAAACGGUACAAUUGUAUGAACAUCUGCAAACUCGGGAAAAAGUCAAGUGUCCAAAUAAUUUUAAGGGCUAUGGGGUAGAAAAAGAUGACAAUAAAAUGUACAGGACAUUUAAUUCAGAAUAUGGAUACUACGCACCAAACGUCUUUACAUUACCUUCCCGUUAUUUUCCUCUUUCUCAGAAGUUUUCUAACGAACUUUAUCGUUGUGGCAUGUAUCGUAAUUAUUCCUUAAAUACACAUGUAGAUCGCACAUUUUAUUAGACUUUGUAUCGCUAUUAUCGAUACAAAUAAACAAAAAUGUAAUAGAUAUCACAUAAAAUUUGACCUUAAUAAAACAUAUCGAUGAAUUAUAUUGUAA